GGUUAUAUAUCUUAAUUAUAAAUUUUAUGCGAGUAUCCAUUUCCUGGUUAGAUAAUCUAUAAACUCGCAAAUAUCCGUGAAUAUUAGCAAUAGUCCUAGUUCCAUCUCAUCACUAGCUCGAUUGAGCUUCUUCUCAACUGGUAGUGCGAGAAUUCGGCCAUCACUGCGCUCGCAGCCAUCAACUCGCAGCACUUUAGUUCGCCGACUGCGUGCUCUGUGCGACCGCCAAUGGACUGAGCCGCUUCCUGUCGGAGUCUUGCUGACCCGGGCACCCAGAGGGCCUCUUUCUUUUCGAUGCGGGACAAUCACCCCAGUAUAACAAUCCUGGAUACUCCCCUCGCGUGAGUUUCCUCAGCCAGAUUUUGGGUACCUUUACCAUUGGCACGCAAGAUGGCAUUUGCCAGCAGCUUAGCAACCAGGGUAUCAAGCCGACAGAUUUGAAGGGCAUCAUCAUAGGUUAACCAUCUUCAUAAUGAUCACGUUGGGGGGACUGGAAGAGCUUGUUGAAGAGGUGCCAGACCUGCCAAUCUACAUCAGCCGCGGGCAUUGGCAAGCUUUUGGUGAGCACCCGUUCCUAGCAAGCAUCGAGGGCGCAAAUCCGAAUCAUUGGCCCAAGUCCUUUUCACCGCAGCUUGUUGACUAUGAGGACAAGCCGGUUGGUCCGUGGAAGAAGUCAUACCAGGUGACUUCUGACGGAAAGAUUGUUCUUGUGGAUACAUCGGGACAUGUACCAGGACAUCUCGCUAUAAUUCUAUAUGGAAUCGAUUUGUUGGAUGAAGAACAACCAGAUGGCGUUAAUGAUAACCCCGUACGGGCUUUGGAGAGUUUACAAAAGAUGAAGGAAUUUGCAAGGAAGGUCGAGGUGGCGAUGCUGCCUAGCCAUGAUCCAUCGAAAGUAUGAUUCGUGCUGUAUGUUGAAGUCAUCGACUUCGUAACGAGAUGCACAAGAAUGCAGGUCUACUAUAGAAGUUGUAAUUGAUUAACUCGCCUCAUAGGCUAGUCUGCAGAAGUCGAUAGAUGCAGUCUACUGUCACAAUGAUAAGCAAAAUCAUAAAAAG